AUGGAUGCCGAGGAUUGGCUCCUGGAUACUGAGAGAAAGCUGAACACCGUAGGAUGUAAUGACGAAGAGAAGAUCAGAUACGGCACACAUCUGUUAUGUGGACCCGCAGCAGCCUGUUGGGAAAACAUUGUGGCAGUGCACCCUAUCGGUAGAGUGUUUACCUGGGCGGAGUUUAAAAGGAAGUUUAGGGAUGCUCAAGUUCCAGAAAGUAUUAUGGAACUGAAAAGGAGGGAAUUUGAGAACUUGGAGCAAAAGGAGAAUACCAUCAUGAAGUAUGUUCGAGACUUCUCAGCAUUGUCUCGUUAUGCUGGAGAUGAGGUCAAUACGGAUGAAAAGAGGAAGAAGAGGUUUCUGAGAGGUCUGCAUCCAUACCUUAGGAUGCAGUUGAGAAUGUUGAAGGCCAAAGAAUUCCAGGAGUUAGUGGAUGCAGCAAUAACCAUGGAGGACGACUUCAAGCAAGUCCAGGAGGAAAGACGCAAGAGAGCCAAGUUUGAACCCAAGAAUUUCAUCAACACCAAACCUAAUACCAACCUUAGCUUCAAACCCAGAUUUACAUCUGGAGGCAACAGACCACAGCAGGGAUCUGGGAACAAUCCCAACAAUGUCACAUGCAAGAACUGUGGAUUCCGUGGACAUACUACCGCAGACUGCAGGAGGCCAAAGGUGGUAUGUUUUAGAUGUCGCAAGGAAGGGCACAUGAAAAGAGACUGCCCGAAUCAAGGACCUGGCGGAGGAAGACCUGGGGGAGGUGCACCAAACAAGAAUGGAAAUCACGGCAGUAGCUGGAAAGCAAAGAAGCCAUAUGGGAAGCUGAACUGUACCAGUUUGGGGGAGGUGAUCACUUCGGAUAAGGCAGUAAUAGAUUCAGUUAUCCAGACCGACAGAGACAACCCGAUAUCUAGAGAUAACCCGAUAACUCGGCAGCUUGCGCCCAGGAUUUUUUUGCGCCGUAAUAUUAUUGCAGCUCGAGAAUAA